AUGGCGAACCAGGCUCUCGACAGCGAACGUGCCUACGCCUUCUUCAUCCGCUCCGAUGUUGAAGAUGUUGAUCCAAACGUGGUGCAUUUAUUGAUCUCCGAACUCACCACCUCACAAUACUUCAAUGUUUCACUGUUGACCGUCUUAAUCUACCAUGCCCGUCCGUACCAUGAUUUCUCGUUCCUAAUCCUCGCUGACAGAAAACACGAAUCAAGUAACGACAGGGGACAAAGAGAGGAAAUAUUUCUGGCUAUUCCUGGUCAGCUUGCGGAGGGUUAUAGUAUUUGUUUGGUCGGAAACCCUCCACGAAUUCUGGUAAUCAUCUCUUGGACUUCUCCUCUCAUAUAUGGGACGAUUUUACUUUGUCUGGCCCUCUUCAAAGCAGUAGGUUACUGGAGAAUGUCCUCUGGUGUCGAAGGCCGCCUCCUCGUUAAAGUCCUAAUUAAAGACCAGAUUCUGUACUACAGCUUUCUGAUGAAGAUGGUAGACAUCCGACUUGUGACUGUCAAUCCUUUUAUUGCCGAGCUUCUGGGUGCGGCUGGAAGUCCGACACUUCUCUGUGUCCUCGGAAGUCAACUUCUGAUCAACCUUAAGGAGGCAGCAACGCAAGCAACAAUUGGUGAGUACGCACUCGCGACAAUGUCCAUGUAUGACCACUCCUCAGGCGCAAUCCUCUCUCCGGCCCCCCGCGCACUCUCCUACCCCACCCACCAUCCUAUGUUUGACAUCACCCUUGAUGGGCCUACGCUGUGUGCAUUUAUAUUCCCCAGUACCGUGCAUGACACCAUUUCGAACGGAAGCAGUGACCCUCCACUCCCCUCUCAGCCGAGUCUGUCCGCCUUCCACUUCACCUUCGCCUUUCGAGCCGGAACUCUGAAUCAACUCGUUCAACACUCCGGAUCUCAACCUGCAUGCACUACUCACACUCGCUGCACGCCAUCGCCGCACAGCCUCAACCUCCAAAACCUGCUCGACCUUGCAAUUCAACUUGCAGGGACUGAGCGACGACCAAGGCGUGGUGACGAAGAUUACUUUAGGAACGAGGCAGAGGCUGCUAGUGGUGCAGGGAUUGGGACUUCACGGUGCUGUCCAGCUACCUCGGCUCGUCUUGCAAAGGGCAUUGAUGUUUGUCCAGUCAAUGUUGCCCCACAAUCACUAGGCAUCGUUUCCUGGAGUGCUCCUCUGAUAUACGGAACGACUUUACUAUGCCUGGCAGUCUUCAAGGCAGCAGAGUACUGGAAGAUGUCAUCCGGUUUCAAAGGCUUCCAUCUCAUCAGAGUCCUUGUUGAAGACCAAAUUCUAUACUAUGGCUUUGCCGUGGCAACUCCUACUCUUCUCUGUGUCCUCGGAAGCCACCUACUGAUUAAUCUAAAGGAGGCAGGCGAGAGAGGAGUAAACGAAGGAACAAAUUACAGAUCGAAGACUGUCAGUGACAUCGAAUUUGCAGAAGGUGUUCCAGCUGCUGCAGACUCGAACGGAGAGGGAACAAGCAGCGUUUGA